AUGACUCUUUCAACUCACCUUGAUGGUGGUGCUGUUAGUCUGCCAGGAGUUGGUGUUGGUCCUGCAUCCACUAAGGGUGAGAAACCUCCUAUCGUAGCGAAGAGUAAUUCCAAUCAAGUUAAUGAGAGUGAGAAGGAUAAGAAACUAAAGGACCCGAAAGGAAAAUUGAAUGACGUAUUACAAGGUCAUAACCAUGGGAAUGCGGGUCAACAAGAACAGAUAAAGGAAACUACACACGGUCCUCAACAAGAGAACCACAAUACAGAAACAAAUACCACAGGUACAACAAGUACUGACUCCCACGUUACUGCUGACUCAAAACCACAUUCUACUACAGAAUCACAACAGCAACCCGCUGAAAUAACUCAAUCUGGUCUAUCUACUGAUGAUUCAAACACACUAAAUAACACGAGUACAGAGCCCAACAGUACCACUGAUAAUGUGACAACUACAGAGAAUGAAUCAACAAAUGGUGUCAACACUGUGGGUGCAUCAGCAGACAGCAACACCACAGCGAACACGGACUCUGUUACUCUCAAUACCACCAGUAACGAGGAAUCAAUCUCAACUACCACAACCACCAAUACAAUUCCUCCUAUCCCUGUAAUCAGCAAUAACACCAUAAUGCCAAAUGUGAAAAGUGAUGCAGACAGCAGCAGCAGUAUCAGCAGUUCUGUGUGGGUGCGUGUACCACUA